GUCACAGCCAGUGACGGGGACGCUGGGUGCGCGCUUUUAGGGCGGGGCUUCUGGAUGACGGACAGAUUCUUGUUUCUUUCAUCUGCGCAGUUUUUUUUACUCCACCUGAAUAAACACAGAAAAGCAGAAAGACAUCCUUGAGGGAAGAACACAGAAGUUCUGGUCCUUUUUAAAAACCCAAACAGAGCUGGGAUCACUCUCUCUGCGCUCUCCUCACCCUCACCCUCCCUCACCCUCUGUCUCUCAGAUAAUCCUCAUCGUCCUGCCGCUGAGAUGUCAACUCCAGAUGCAGCAGGUACUCCAGGAGCUCCGGGGGGCCCGGAAGGCGAGGGAGGCCCUCCGGCUGCGGCCCCCAACCUGACGAGCAACAGGCGGCUUCAGCAGACGCAGGCGCAGGUGGACGAGGUGGUGGACAUCAUGCGUGUGAACGUGGACAAAGUCUUGGAGAGGGAUCAGAAGUUGUCAGAACUAGACGAUCGGGCCGACGCCUUGCAGGCCGGAGCCUCUCAGUUUGAGAGCAGUGCUGCCAAGCUCAAGAACAAGUACUGGUGGAAAAACUGCAAGAUGAUGAUCAUGAUGGCAGUUAUAGGUGUUAUAUGUGUGGGCGUUGUCUUCUUAUACUUCUUCUACUGAGCCGCUCUCCAAGAAUGGAGAUACGAGUCCCAGGAUGAGUCUGCCUCUGAUGCCGCCGCACCAAAUCGAGCCUUUCCUCAGCGCUGCUCCUGCUCCUUGUCCUCCUGCCUCUCAGCGAUGCAUGGCCGUUAAUGCGCCUCCUUUUCUCUCUGCACAGAGCAGGUUUACAGACCAAAGUAAAGGAGGUUUUCAGGUUUGAGCGAUCAAAGAAAAGUUGGCUAGGCUGUUACAACCUCAGAUGUGCUGUAAAUCCACCUACUUGUGUAACUUGACCAUAACGUCCUAAUGCUGGUCUCCAUCAGGAGCUGUGACAUUUACCUCAAUCACAUAACUCGUUAACGAUAUUAUAAGUAUUAACAACGAUAGAUAACUGAUGUCGAUAUUGGGCCAAUCUUUACUUGCUUUUUUAUUUUUCAUUUUUGAAGCAGCUUCGGGCAUUUAUGUGUAAAAGAAUUGCAUCAUGUCGUUGACUAAUGAGCCAGCAGCGUUUCCUAAAUGAUUGUAAGGCUUUCCAGUUCGAACAGCACGAGUUCGACUAAAAUACACCAGGAGCCCCUUGGUUAUUGAAAUGUUUAAAAAAAAAAAAAAAAA